AUGAGUUGGUGGUCCUCCUGGAUUACUCCGAAUGCAUCUCUUUCGGCGUCGGGUCGCUCCGCUCGACGAAAAAGUCUGCUCUAUUCACUGACCGGUCGUAAUGCUCUACAGUUUGGCGUCAACUAUGCGCGGCAGAUUCGCAAUUUGGAAAUCGCGAAACGAGGCUCUUCGCGACCGCUAACUUUGACCGAGAAACUGUUAUACUCUCACCUUAUUACCUCUGAGAAAAACACCUGGGAUGUGGAGCGCAUUGAACGAGGGAAGACUAUCCUAGAGCUUCGUCCGGACCGUGUAGCUUGUCAUGAUGCCACGGCAUCCAUGGCCUUGCUCCAGUUCAUCAGUGCAGGCCUUCCGCGAGUCGCAGUCCCAACGACGGUACAUAGCGAUCACUUGAUCAUCUCUAAGAAGGGGGCUGAAGAGGAUAUGCAUCGCGCACUUGGAGAGCAUGCUGAAGUAUACGACUUCCUCAGCAGUGCAUCUAGGAAGUAUGGCAUCGGGUUCUGGAAGCCAGGAUCGGGUAUUAUACACACUGUCAUUUUCGAGAACUACGCAACACCCGGUGGCCUCAUCAUCGGUACAGACUCACACACGCCGAAUGCUGGCGGCCUGGGCAUGCUCGGAAUUGGGGUCGGUGGCGCAGAUGCUGUUGAUGCUAUGUCCGGAAUGCCUUGGGAGCUUGUCGCUCCUAAAGUGGUGGGGGUCCGCUUGACAGGCCAGCUACAAGGCUGGAGUUCUACCAAAGACAUCAUCUGCAGACUUGCAGGUCUGUUGACGGUGUCGGGGGGCAAAGGCCGAGUCAUCGAGUUCUUCGGACCGGGAACCCAGACCUUGGGAGCGACAGCCAUGGCGACUAUCUGCAAUAUGUCGGCAGAAAUAGGAUCGACCUCUUGCAUCUUCCCAUAUACCGACGCAAUGGGCCGAUAUCUGGAGACCACGCAACGAGCCCACGUUAUUGAGAUGGCCCAGAGAGCGAGGUCUGCGCUUCUCAACGCUGAUGAGGGCGCUGACAAGUACUAUGAUCAAGUUAUUGAGCUAGAUCUCAGCACACUGGAACCGCACGUCAACGGACCGUUCACCCCUGACCUGGCACACCCUAUCUCAAAAUUGAAGACUGCCGUCGCUGCGGAAGAUUGGCCUGUGGACUUGAGCCAUGCUAUGGUCGGCAGUUGUACCAACAGCUCAUACGAAGAUCUCGAUAAAACUCGUCAGAUCGUUGCACAAGCACGAGCGGCCGGGAUCACAAAGCUCCCGACACCGUUCCUUGUCACACCGGGUAGUGAACAGAUCCGUGCAACAGCAGAGGCAGAUGGCAUACUCGACGAACUUCGAGAUGCCGGAGCCGUUGUUCUCAGCAGCUCAUGCGGUCCAUGCGUUGGAUCGUGGGACCGCAAAGAUGUCGACGUGAAGGGAAAGGAAAAGAACUCGGUGAUCUCCAGCUUCAAUCGCAAUUUUGUCGGAAGACAUGACAGUAAUCCGGCCACACACUCCUUUGUCACCAGCCCAGAACUAGUGGCUGCGUUCGCCUAUGCGGGUCGCCUCGAUUUCAACCCCCUGACCGAUCCAGUUACCGUGCCCGGGGGACCGAGUAAGGAGUUGUACUUUAGCCCACCUGUUAGCCAAGAGCUCCCCAUUUCUUUCAAAGCCGGAUCAGAUACCUUCCAAGAACCUUCGCUAGAGGGAACAGACCUCCCUGUGCAAAUUCGCCCAGGAUCUGACCGGCUGCAACUUCUCCAGCCAUUUCCUCCCUGGCAGCCGGGGUGCGCUGAUGGUAUGGAAUUGCUGAUCAAGGUAAAGGGAAAAUGCACCACCGACCACAUUUCCCCUGCUGGACCGUGGUACAAAUAUCGGGGCCAUCUUGAGAACAUCUGUAACAACAUGCUUACGACCGCCACCAAUGCGUUCGUAGGCCAAGGUGACCCUCGUCUGCUUGGCCACACUCGCCAUCCUAUAACCUCAAAAGUGGAAGGCGCUCCGCAGGUGGCACGCGAUCUUAAGCAGCGGGGUGUCCGGUGGUGUAUCGUAGGUGAUCACAACUACGGUGAGGGCAGCUCGCGCGAGCACGCAGCCCUCGAACCACGUUAUUUGGGCGGGGUGGCAGUCAUUGCUCGCUCAUUCGCUCGGAUUCACGAAACCAAUCUGAAAAAGCAAGGCAUGCUUCCCCUGACGUUCGCCGACCCCGCCACCUAUGAGCGCAUUGCUGAAGCUGAUCGGAUCACUUUGAUUGGUGUUGAAGAAGGUGAGCUAUGCCCGGGCUCGUCCGUGACGAUGCGAGUCGAGCCCAGGCGAGGAGAGGUCUGGGAAGCGGAACUAAAGCAUAGCUACCACAGCGGGCAGAUUCCAUGGCUUCGCGCUGGGAGUGCCCUGAACUACAUCAAAGCCACGGCUCUGGCUCAAUAG